GCAGCCAGACACCAACACGGCCCGAACUUGUGUGCGGUGGUGGGUGCCACCGCCGAGGAUGGGGAGGUGCGUCCGCUGCUCUGGACCGCAGUUGCCGCUGCUGCUGCUUCUGCUGCUGGCGGUGCCGGGCGCUGGCGCGGCCCCGCGCUCGGCGCUCUACUCGGCCGCCGACCCGCUGACGCUGCUGCAGGCGGACACGAUUCACCAGGCGGUCCUGGGCUCCCGUAGUGCCUGGGCCGUAGAGUUCUUCGCCUCCUGGUGCGGCCACUGCAUCGCCUUCGCCCCGACGUGGAAGGCUCUGGCCAACGAUGUCAAAGACUGGAGGCCGGCACUGAAUGUGGCUGCCUUGGACUGUGCUGAUGAGACCAACAACAAAGUCUGCAGAGACUUCAACAUCCCCGGCUUCCCGACCGUGAGGUUCUUUAAGGCCUUUUCCAAGAAUGGCUCAGGAGCAACAUUGCCAGUGGCUGGUGCAGAUGUGCAGUCCCUGCGGGAGAGACUCAUUGAUGCCCUGGAGACCCACACUGACACAUGGCCCCCCGCCUGUCCCCCGCUGGAGCCUGCCAGGUUGGAGGAAAUUAAUGGAUUUUUUGCAAGAAACAAUGAAGAGUACCUGGCCCUGAUCUUUGAGAAGGAAGGCUCCUAUGUGGGGAGAGAGGUGAUCCUGGAUCUGUCCCAGUACCAGGGCAUCCCUGUGCGCAGGGUCCUGAACACAGAGGCCGAGGCGGUCAGCAAGUUUGGCGUCACGGACUUUCCAUCGUGCUACCUGCUGUUUCGGAAUGGCACUGCCUGGCGGGUCCCCGUACUGGUGGAGUCCAGGUCCUUCUACACGGCGUACCUGCAGAGGUACUCCACGGGCACCAGGGAGACUCCCCCGACUGCGGCUGUGCCAGUCACCCCUAACACCAUCGCUCCCACUGCUUGGAAAGUCGCAGACCGCUCCAAGAUCUACAUGGCUGACCUGGAAUCUGCACUACACUACAUCCUUCGGGUUGAAGUGGGCAAGUUCUCUGUCCUGGAGGGCCAGCGCCUAGUGGCCCUGAAAAGGUUUAUGGCAGUGCUGGCCCAGUACUUCCCUGGUCAGCCCUUGGUCAAGAACUUCCUGCACUCCACACAUGACUGGCUUAGGAGGCAACAGAGAAAGAAAAUUCCCUAUGAGUUCUUUAAAACUGCCCUGGACAACAGGAAGGAGAGUGCUGUGCUUGCCAAGAAGGUGAACUGGGUUGGCUGCCAGGGGAGUGAGCCGCACUUCCGGGGCUUUCCCUGCUCCCUGUGGGUCCUCUUCCACUUCCUGACUGUGCAGGCGGCUCGACAAGAUGUAGACCACUCACGGGAGACAGCCACGGCCCAGAAGGUCCUCCAGGCCAUCCGGGGCUACAUCCGCUUCUUCUUCGGCUGCCAAGACUGCUCCAGCCACUUCGAGCAGAUGGCUGCUGCCUCCAUGCACAAAGUGGACAGUCCGGACAACGCUGUUCUCUGGCUCUGGUCCAGCCACAACAGGGUCAAUAAUCGCCUUGCAGGGGCCCCCAGCGAGGACCCCCACUUCCCCAAGGUGCAGUGGCCACCCCGUGAACUCUGUUCUGCUUGUCACAAUGAACUCCAGGGCCAGCCCGUGUGGGACCUGGACAACACCCUCAGCUUCUUCAAGACCCACUUCUCCUGGAGCAACAUCGUCCUGGACCCUCCUACAGCUGGGCUGGACCACCACCAGGGUGCACCGAGGAUGGAAGCUGAGCCAAAGCCAAUGACAUUAGUACUGAUGGCCGGAAACUCUACUCUGGGCCCUGAGGAGGCUGAGCUGCCUGUAGAGCCAGGCUCCAGCAUCCCAGAUGUUCGUACAGAGAGCCUUGGGCUGAGACGCCCCCCAGAAAUGCACACGGACUUCCCUUGGACCGGUGCUGAGCCAGACCGGGGACCCCUAGAGCUUGUAGCAGAGCUUCAGAGGGAUGAAUUAGAACCCCCCAAAGGACAGCGACACUGGAUGAAGCGAGAUACGAGAGCCAUAGUGCUGGCUGAGUUGGAAGCUGAGAACCUCCCCAGGGGUCCCUUGGAGCUGAGGGGAGUGGGCCGCAGGGCCAAGCAGCUGAUCAACAUCCCUGACUGGGCACCAGAGCCUGGGUCCAUGCGGGGCCGAGGCCAGUGGCUGCAGGUGCUGGGAGGGGGCUUCUCCCAGUUGGACAUCAGCCUCUGCAUCAUACUCUACUCCUUGUCCUUCUUGGGCCUCCUGGCCAUGUAUACCUACUUCCGGGCCAAGAUGAAGGCCCUGAAGGGUCACUCUGGCCACCCCACAGCCUGAACCAUCCUAGCUGGGAGGGGACUGAGCAGGGAGCUGCCAUCCAUGCUCUUCCAGCCUCUUGGCCCCCUCCCCCUUGCUCCUGUCCAGGGAAAUCCGAGAAAAUUGUUGGCCUGAUGAACCUCUUUGGGUCUUCUGGAGUAUUCCAGGGACAUGCAUAGAGUACAGGUUUUCUGAGAGCCCUGGUUGAGGACAGCCUUGGCAAUCGGAUUAGAAAGCUCAGUCCCUGGCCUCUCAGCACCAAAUUCCUCCUUUUCAGCUUAUUUGAAGGCCUGCCUCAUUCUUGCUGAAACUUUAGUGCCUCUGCUUGGUACCGGCUUAAAUUAGGGCAAGUAAAGCCACUAUUUCCGAGGCUAGAGUGCUAGAGUGCAACUCCUUGUACAAGCUAGGGUUCUGUCCUUCACUGCCUUCUAGAAGCAAAGGAAGGAAGGACACCCCCGGCCCCUGUGGCCUCUCCAGCCUCUCAGAAAUGCUGGGCAGGUUGGCUUCAGAAGGGGGUUUGGCAGCCAGAGGUCAGGCCGGUCUCCUAAGUGGGUCAGGGUGUGUGGGAAGAGGGCCUAUGACUGGCCUCUGCCCCAGGUGCCUGCUUCCAGAAGAGCAGGCGGAGUCUGUACAGUCUGACAGCUGGCAGGUGACUGUCCCCAAGCUGGGGCCUGAGAGGUCAGUUUGGCAGGACCUGAUCAGGGGGUAGUGUGGGAUCGAGGGAGGGAGGUUGGACUCUCUAGCUCUGGGCCUAGCUGUGAGAGGUGGUGAAGAGCAGGAGAAAGAUGGCUGCUUUAAAUGUGCUUUGAUUUCUCCCUUUAAGUUGCUGUCCUAAUCCCUCUCAAGCUGGGUCUUUUAUCUUUUGAUUUUAGUCUUCGGAGACUGACUUUGAAUGUAGAGGGUGCUGGGUUGAGGGCAAUAUCAUCUCUCUGGAGGUCCCACCCCCAACAUGUAGAGGUUACCAGGAUCAAUGGGACAGUGGCGCCCUACAUGGGUGCAUGUGUUUGAUUUCAACUCCACCCCACUGCUUGGGAGGGUUGUAGAAUAAAUUAUUUUUGUUAAGGCAAGACCAGUGUGUUCUUUAACUUGCCCCUUGGAGACCUCAUCUCGUGCAUGGACAGGAGGUGCAGAAUCAAGCCGCCCCUGGAAUCCAGCCCCAUCUCCCAAGCUCCCGGCCGCCUUUGUCACAGCUCCCCCACACACACCUUUUUUCUCUUAUUAAAGUUAUAUACCAUUUUCUUUUUCUUAAUUUGUGCAUUUU